UUGGCCUCUGAUAAGUUAGCUGGACUGCUGCAAAUUCACUGGACACACAAGUGGACAAUUUCAGUGACUUGCAAAUACCUCUGGUGGUUCUUGAAACAUUUUCACAAAGUGGACAUUAGAGUUCUUUGAGGUUAAAUCACCAUCAAGUUUCUGUCAACUUCAUUUUUUUGUUUAUUUUGGGGUUUUUUUCAGUUUAACCUACAUUUUCCCAGACCAACUUUUGAUCAAUCUGGCCUCAAACUUGGGUAAUGUUUUGAUCAGCUGUUGGGUCUGGACAUAAUCCAAGCAGGCUACAGAUCAUCUUUGAAGGUACAACCUGCUGGUUGAAAAUGGACAGUGGGUUUGCUGGUGCUGGGAAUCAGCUUCUCCAUGUGGACGUACAUAUUGAUAAGAGUGAACCUCAUAGAGGAAUCCUGGACCUUCUGAGCAGACUCCGUCCUCACUGGAAGACACAGGACAUUCAGAUGAAGACGUUCACAGAGGGCAUUACCAACCAGUUGAUUGGAUGCUACGUGGGCUCUCUCCAGGAUCCUGGCUGUGUUCUUGUGCGGCUCUACGGCAGAAUGACGGAGCUGUACGUGAACCGUGACCGGGAGGUGGAGAUGUUCCAGGUCUUCCACGCCCACGGCUGUGGUCCCGAGAUCUACUGCAGCUUCCAGAAUGGCAUCUGUUACGAGUUUGUUAGAGGAACAGUGCUGGAUGAUGAGCUUCUCCAUCAGCCAUCCAUCUACAGAUUGAUCGCAGCAGAGAUGGGGAGAAUCCACUCGAUCCAGCCAAAAUGUGGUCUGCCUGUUGAACCGCUACUCUGGACGAAAAUGUCCCACUUUCUCACACUGGUGCAGAGCAGCUUCAACAGCAGCCCAGCUGAGCAGCCCUGCACAACAAGUCCUGCAGCUGUACCAGAGGUGCCCAGCUUUGAGACGCUGUCAGUGGAAAUGGAGUCACUGAAGAGACACCUCUCGCAGAUUGACUCGCCGACUGUCCUCUGCCACAACGAUCUCCUGACAAAAAACAUCAUCUACAACCACAAAGAGGGAAUGGUGAAAUUCAUUGACUACGAGUACGCUGAUUACAACUACCAGGCUUUCGAUAUCGGCAAUCACUUCAAUGAAUUUGCUGGUGUGAACGAUGUUGACUACAGCCUCUAUCCGAGCUGGGAGCUGCAGAGGGACUGGCUAACGGCUUAUCUGGAGAGCUACAAGCACAGCACAGGACGUGAGGUCACUGUUACAGAGGCAGAAGUUACGCGGCUCUACAUUCAGGUCUGCAAAUUCUCACUCGCAUCCAACUUCUUCUGGGGUCUCUGGGCCAUCCUGCAAUCACGCUACUCCUCCAUUGACUUUGACUUCCAAAGAUAUGCCCUGGCACGGCUCAACUAUUACUUUGAGAAGAAAGAGGAAUAUUUUAAACUGACAAUGAGCUAAUAACAGAAUGGAGGACCAGUGUUUUAAAAGUUUAUAGAAAAGUGACUGGUAUGUUUCUUUAUCACAUCAUAUAAUACCAGGUGAUCUGUUGAGGAAGUUGAGAGGUAACCAACGAGCUUAUAAAAUUGUUCCCCAUUGUUUGUUAUUUCAGGCUGUAGUGUGAGUUAAUAUGUUUUGCUAUCACAGUGAUUUUUAAAAUAUUUGUUUUACCACAGUCAGUAUGCCGAUAAGCCUUUUUGGCAAAUUGAGAUGGAUCUCAUGCCAGAAAUGCAUUAAUUGUUCCCACAUUCAGCCGACUCGCAUAAAGCCACAAAAACUGAGCCUGAUCAUAAAACUCAUAAGAGGGUUAUUUGCAGGCUUAUUCAGUGUGUACCACUGCUCUGAUGGAAAACAAGUUUUCAUGUAAACAUAUUUACUAUACCAAGUAGGGCAUCAUUUUAAGUCUUUCUCUUUGAUUGGAACUUGCUGUAAAGCUGUUGUGAAUAUGCCUUGCAUGAUGCUGUUUCAUUUUAUAGUAAAUUGCAAACAUUAUUUAAAACUUAACAACAUUUGAGUGCUUGAACAAUGUGUUAAGAAUGUGUAAAGUAGUAUUUGAUGUUUAAAAGGUAGUGAAAUUUGCCAUUUGUCCAAAUUUAUAGUAAAAGCAUCUUUGCGCAGUGACUGAAAGUACCAAUUCUAUGCUUCUGUUUAACUGCACCUCAUAUGAAACUGCAUAUUAUACAAUUAAUGAUGGUUUAGUUUAAUGCACACAUGUUUCCUGCUGGUAAUGCUGACUAUUACUUCAUAAGUAAACUCUGUAUGUAUAUUCAUCUGUUUACACAGUUUAUUCAUAUUUCUGAGUCUUUUUUUACACUGUGUUCUACAGCUAUAUGGACAUACAGCAUUCUGUUGAUGUGAUCUCAUUAUCAUGUCCCCCUUGGGUGUGAGUUGCAGGCCAUUAAUUUGUCAGGGUCCCAGAAGUUCACUGAAUCAGUAUUUAAUGAGUGUGUUAAAACUGUAAUGUGCAAUGCAGUAAGUAAAAUAAAGAACCAAACAGUG